AUGAACGCCGUCGAUCAUGGGGAGCUCGUGCCAUCAUCGAAGAGGCGGAAGACAGCAGGUAGCGAAACAGCACCAGCGGAGAUAGUGCAGGAAGCAAAGAUGGAGCUGUUCGUGGUCAAACGUGCAAAUAAACCAAGGGCUUCCCGGCCCGAUGGUCUAGACCAUGACGUCAGUGGAUCAAACCCGCUCAUAAGCGACGAUUGGCCCAGCGAUUUCCUUCCCAACGUCUCCCUCCCGCCACCACCUGUGUCUGCCCAUCACCUGAAGAUCAGCGCUCAGCUCGUCCACCCCGAUACCUUUGUCUCUGCUAUGAACUAG